CACCCACUCUACAAUGGAUUCUCCUUCUGCAGCUGAGCCUACAAUGCUGUUGAUCCGUCGCGAGACUUAGUGGUGACUAAUAAUCUUACUACGGAGUGCUGGAGUGCGGUGUUUGUGCGAAAACGCAAUUUAUUGCUACCCAUCAGGGGAAGAGAUAGCAGGUAUCUUGCAAUACUAAGGCGGAGGUACUAUCUCGUCUAAUUCUGUGCAGCAAGUCCCGCUGGUUUCGACGUUAGGAGGGAUGCAGCGUAACCUUUGAAGGCCACUUUCGGGCUCUACGUGCAAGCAAGCUGACGAACAGUGUGGGUAGUCCAGCCUCUGCCAGUGUCACCGCGAGGCUCCCCUGUUGGCUGUACCGGAAGCGGGGUGUUACAGAUCCCGAGACACGGAAGUUGAAAGGCUGAAAGUUUUUUCAAAACGUCCGUCGCCCCCCUGCUUGCUAUAACGACGCGUUUGCGUGAACAGCCAACGGCGAGGAUCUUAUAGUCGGGGGUGCGUUGAAGGCCGGUGGAAGGUAGCGAGGGGGGGACUGCCGAUUCUUUAACCGACUGGCGCGAGCUCGCGCGAAGAACGGGGGAUGGUUUGAACGGAGAUCUUUUACCACGCUGAUCAGAGGAAGGAAGACGGCAUAGAACUGACACGGCGUCGAACUGACAAACGACCUAAAACCGUAAGAGAGGAGAAGACGCGAAGGACAUUGAGCACACCUCCUGCUGCAGCUGCCGACACUGCUGCUUACAGCUGCUGCUGCUUUCAACACCUGCUGCUUGCAGCUGCUGCUGCUUUCAACACCUGCUGCUUGCAGCUGCUGCUGCUUUCAACACCUGCUGCUUACAGCUGCUGCUGCUUUCAAACACCUGCUGCUUGCAGCUGCUGCUGCUGCUGCUGCUGUCAGGCAGCACCGGCAGUCAUGGCCAACACCGCGUCCCUCAGCAUCCCAUCUCUCGUCUCCGCUCCACCUGCUGCUUUCGCCAUCAACCUCUCCGCCGCAUCUCCCGCUCCCAACCCCUCCGCCGAAGCGCCGCAGCAGCCGCUCUCGCGCCUUCAGGCGCACGCCAUGCUCAUCGCUGCCGCCACGGGCCGCGUCGCGCAGCCCGCUCGUCCCGCUCGAUCCGCUCUUCCCGAUCUUCCCGGCGCGAUUGACGGCGAUAUGGGGAGUCUUUCUGGUGCCAGCGAUAAACGCGCGGGUAGCAACGGGAGCAACGCUAGCGGUAAAUGCGGCACGGGUAACGACAUUGGGGCGAAUAGCAACGGCAACACCAAUAUACGUGAUAGUGCCAGCGCCGGUACUUGCAAGUGCGGGAUUUCAGCGUCGGCGCAUGCGACAGCGGCGACGACAGCUGCGAUGAAAGCUGCGUGCGACACUCCGGCUUGCGACACUGGUUCCAGGAAUGAUGUUAGGAACGGUGGAGGUCACAAGCACGGCAGCUGCGGUGGCUGCGGCUACGGCAACAGGGAUGGCUGUACCGCGUUGUCUGCCGCCGCGGCAGGGAGCGGCAGGGAAUUCGCGCUGACAGAUUAUCUAUUGGGCCAAGGGGACUCGUUAGCGCGCGGAGAUUCGCCAGUCCGCGGAGAUUCGUUAGUCCGCGGAGAUUCGUCAGUCCGCGGAGAUUCGUUAGCCCGCGGAGAUUCGUCAGUCCGCGGAGAUUCGUUAGUCCGCGGAGAUUCGUUAGUCCGCGGAGAUUCGUUAGUCCGCGGAGAUUCGUCAGUCCGCGGAGGUUCGUUAGUCCGCGGAGAUUCGUUAGCCCGCGGAGAUUCGUUAGUCCGCGGAGAUUCGUUAGUCCGCGGAGAUUCGUCAGUCCGCGGAGAUUCGUUAUCCCGCCUGUUAUCCGAUACAGUGCCCUCGCAGCCGAAACGAUCUUCCCCGCCCAUCGUAACCUUCUCCGCUCCGCCCUCCGGAGCCAGCGGCCAAUUUAGCCGAGCCAACUUCCGAGCCUCCUUCCUGGCCUUCCGUUCACGAGCCUCUUCCACCUCGCUUCCCAUCCGCCUCGUCGCUACCCGCGCCGAUGGCGGCCCUUCUGGGCAUGACACGUGGCACGGAUCCGCUGCAGUUCAUGGGGAUCGAACGGCGGCAGCUGCUAGCCGCGGCAUUGGCGCGCAGCACCUCCUUUCCGUCAGGAAGCUGCCCGUCGCAAAACUACCCGUCCCAGAUCUCCUCUCAGCCGUCCGAUUCGCUCUCUUCCCGCGCCUCGCUCAACCCGCCCGCACCCUCCGCGUCUCUGCUCCCGUGUCUAUCUCGCUGCCCCGUUUCUGGCGGCUCUCAGCGCGCCGCCUCUCCGUCGUUUGCGGCGGCUUCCGCCGCCGCCGCCGCUGGUGAUGCCGCCGCUGCCGUUGGUGCUACUCCCGCUGGUGGGCUGGACGUACUGGGGCGCAUGACGCGCGGGUGUCGCUCCGCGGAAGCAGGGCGGGAGGGGGGAGCGGAAGGGGCAGCGGAAGGAGCAGAAGGGGCUAAUCUGAAGGCCGGCACCGGGGCAAGCACAGGCGCAGGCGCAGGCAUAAGCGGAGGCGUAAGCGAAGCAGAUGCACCCGCCGAGCUACUAGCGCGGAUGACAGGGAGCCUAUCAGACGUAAUUGCGGGUGGAUUGGAUGCAACGGUGCCCGUCCUGGCACCAACAGUAGCAAAAGCAGCAGCCGCAGCAGCAGCCGCAGCGCCAGCAGCAGCCGCAGCGCCAACAGCAGCAGCAGCAGCGUGGGUCCCUGUGACGCCUCGCGAGGACGACAUCAACGAGUGGCUGGCGAAGGUGCUCGGGCCAGGGGGCAUGCAGCGCCGAGGGCUGCAGGGGCAGGGAGUAACUUGCGGCCGGGAACCGUUGCAGGCAGAUGCGGGCCGGGAUGUAAAUGCAGGUCUGGCUGUAGGCUUCGGUCGGGCAGCUGGUUCGGCACAGGUGGCAGGUGCAGGUCCGGCAUGGGGUGUGGCACAGCCAGGAGGUUCGGGUGAGGUGACAGGUUGGGGUGGGGCAGUGGGUGCGGAUGGGGCGCUUGGUUCGGGGAAUUGGCAGGGUUGGCUAUGCAUCGCAUGGACGGAGGUAGAGGGGGCGGUAUUGUAGUGGAAGGAGGCGGGAGUAUUGUGAUGGAGGGGGGUAGUAUUCCAAUGGAGGGGGGUAAUGUGGCGACGGCUGGGAAUGAAGGGGCCAUGAUGACUGGUAGUGGUGAUGCGAUGAUGGCAGCACAGCUCAUGUACCGUCGCGUGCUGCUAGACAGAUACAGACAAGCGCGGCCGGCCACUGCCAGCCAGCACGCUGACGUGGCUUCUCGUGCUUGUGCUAGCAGCAGUGUGCUCGGUCUGCUGCGCGGGUUGGAAGGCUUGCAGGGGCAGCAGAAAGGCUUGCAGUUUGGGCGUUUACUGGCAGGCGCAGAGCAGCCACAGGCACUAGCACAGGCAGCAGCACCACCACAAUCAGCAGCAGCAGCAAGGGCUGCUCCAGCAGCAGCAGAUUCAGCGUUGGCGAAUACGGCGAGCUGCUUUGCGCACUCCUCUGUGGCGGGCGCGGCUGCUGCGACAGAGGUUGCAGGCGCCAUGCUGCAGAGACACUAUCAAGCGGCGGCCUCCGCUCAGCUUGCUCUUGACUCCAGGCCGUCCCUGCUCUGUUCUCCUCCCGCACUCGGGCAAACUCCCCAAAUUCCCCAAACUCCCGGCAUGAGGGGUUGCCACAGAGCUGUCGUACCCCACCGUGGACUGGUGUCACUGCGGGUGCGGGAGAGCGCUUUCGGAUCUUACCGACGCUGUGCCGAGAUGCGGCUACUCUGCUCCAAGGAGGAGGAGGUGGAGGAGGAGCAGGAAGAGCACGAGGAGGAGAACCAGGAGGAGGGGAGGGGAGGGGAGGUGGGAGGACAGCAGGAAUGUCAGUGUCGACUUUUUCUGCACUUGCAGAGCAAAGGCUGGCUGCCCAUGCCUAUGUGACAGGGUCCGGUGUGCAAGCUCUCGCCCCAGACUCCAUGCCAUUUCCUGCAGCUGGUGACGCGUGUGAAGCUGCUGGCGUCUCUCUGACUCAGUGGGGCUCGGACCAGCAGUGGGGCUCGGACCAGCAGUGGGGUUGGGGCCAGCAGCAGCAGCAGCAGCAGCAGCAGCAACAGCAUGCUAGUGUGGAGGAGUUAGUUCAGCAGUGCGCCAAGAGGGAAGCAAGCUGCUCUUCAAGACAACGUUCAUAAUGUUCAACGUAGACAACGGCUGCUUUAGGGAACACACACCGUAAUCCCCCGGAUAUAGGUGCAUAGGGCUUAUAGCGGAUGGGCUCGUGUAAGGAUAUUUAUGGAAAAGGUAUUUGACCACAUGAAAAUGUAGCUCUUUAAAAAUGUGAUUUUCCAGA